CACAGGCCGGUCUGCGGCCCGGCCUACUCCACGCUACUGCGCCUGUGCCAGGACCCGGCGCCCACCCUCGUGUCCGCGGGCAGAGUGCGCCUGCGCUGGGCCACGCGCCGCGGCGGGAGCCGCUACCUGGUCACGUGGAAGACGCGCUGCAGCAGCUGAUUGGCUGCGGCGGCUGCGGCGCGAACGUCGCGCGCGCGCACAGUGAUGCACGUGUGCUGGCUCGUGGGGAAAGAGAAAUGCACUCAGCGUGUGAAACUACCACACUUGGAAGCCGUGGUAAUUGGGCGCGGCCCAGAGACUGGGAUAACGGAUAAAAAGUGUUCACGGCAGCAAGUUCAGUUAAAAGCAGACUGUAACAAAGGGUAUGUCACAGUUAAACAGAUAGGAGUCAACCCAACUAGUGUUGAUCUUGUGAAUAUUGGCAAGGGUGAGGUGGUGAAAAUGAAGCCAGGCCAAGUUCUGCAUAUUGUGAAUAACCUUUACCCCUACACGGUACAAUUUGCCGAAGAGUCUGGAAGAACUGUUCCGAAAGCAGAUAAGAUGCCACGUGAGGACUGCUGUGAGAAUGAUGAUAAAGAGCUUGUGCCCAGAAAAACAAUGAAGUUGGAGUUGGUGGAUACACAAGGCAGUUCUACAAAUCCAAAGCUAAGCAAUAUCAGUGUAUCUACACAUGAAGGAACUUCAAGCAAAAAGGAACAUUUAGGACACUGGAGUCAGGGUCUAAAGAGCUCCAUGCAAGAUCCAAAAAUGCAGGUUUACAAAGAUGAAAAGACUGUAGUCAUCAAGGAUAAAUAUCCCAAAGCACGUUACCACUGGCUUAUCUUACCAUGGGACCCCAUUUCAAGCCUGAAGUCAGUCACCAGGGACCACCUUGAACUCCUGGAACAUAUGCAUGCUGUUGGGCAAAAAAUGAUCGAACAGUGCCCUGCCAGAGAGAGCCUGGAGUUCAGACUGGGUUAUCAUGCUAUUCCCAGUAUGAGUCAGCUACAUUUGCAUGUAAUCAGUCAGGAUUUUGAUUCUCCAGCUCUGAAAACCAAAAAGCACUGGAAUUCUUUUACUACAGACUACUUCUUAAACUCUCAAGAUGUGAUAGAGAUGGUAAGAAGCAAGGGAAAAGUGAUGGUGAAAGACAAUACCUCUGAACUUCUCAAACUUCCCCUCAGAUGCCAUCGCUGUAAACAACAGCUGUCCACAAUCCCACAGUUAAAGGAACAUCUUAGGAAACAUUGGCCAAAAUGAUUUUGCAAAAAAUCAUCUUCCAGUCUGUCUUCAGAUUUCAAGCCAACACAAAGACUACAAAUUGUUAAUGGAAAUGUGUGUUUAUUAACUGGAAUUGCAGAUAUAAUGUGUGGAAAAGUAGCCUGGAAACAGCAGCAUACUAAUUUAGUAAUAGCUUCAACAAAAAAAACAAGCCCUCUUCUUCCUCCCUACUAAAAAUAUAAAUAAAGUGAUUUCUGAAAU